AUGCGUUAUACUAUCAUCGUCGCCGCUCUCGUCCCAUUCGUUGUCGCUCAUGGCAAGAUCGCAGUCAUGACUGGUGAUAUGGGAGGAAACACCACUGGUCUUGGUAUUCAAGGUGCCGUCAUCCCUGGUGCCGGAAAGAACAAGCAGACCGAGGUCGAUACCACCGUCUUCAACAGCAAGAACGCCGCUACCGAUGGUCUCGGAAAGACCAAGACUGGUGCCAACACCAUGUCUGAUAUGACUGCCGUCAUGGCCAUGUCCGGUUCCACUCUUCCUCAAGUUUCCGACGGAGGUGACCUCAGCGGAACCAUCCACAUCGUUACCACUGAUGGAGCUGGUCCAUACUCCGCCAUCGUCGACCCAACUGCUACCGGUACUUUCUCCGAAGGCACUCAAGCCAAGGUUACCACUCAAGUACCAGGUAAGAAGGGAAAGAUCGCCGCACCCAAGCAACGUUCCAUCAUGAUGAGAUCCCUCGUCAACAUGGGUAUCGUCAAGCGUGCCUCCAACGUCAACGAGGAUUACCCCAUCAAGGUUGCCAUUCCAGCCGGCAUGACCUGUACCGGUACCAUGGGUGGUCAAGAGAACGUCUGCAUGGUUAAGCUUGCAAACCCAUCUGGCGCUGGACCAUUCGGUGGUGUCGCCGCUUUCCAGAUGGCAUCUGCUGCCACGGCUGGUAACUCUACCUCCGCCGCCGCCAAGCGAUCCAUCGGUGCCAAGUUCCGUGCUUAG